UCAAAGACAACGACAAAUAGUUUCAAAUUAUGUUUUGAUUUGCUAAAAGAAAUUAAUUAUACUUUAAAUGUAUGAUAUAUUUCUCUAAGAUUUAGAUAAAUCUAUAUUAUAAAAAUGGAAAAUUCAUUCUUUGAAUAUCGGGAUAAAACUGGAGUAGGAAGUGAUUCUGAUACUGAAUUUAUUGAUAAUAGUUUAAUGGAAGAAUCGUUUACUCCAAAAACACCGGGAAAGAAAAAUCAGACUGCUUUCGUUCCUGAAUCUGACGAUUCUCUUACCGGAGGAGAGUCUGAAGAAGAGAAUGCCUCUAACAAUGUAUCAAAAACAAUCACAAGACGAAGUAGUGUCCAAAACUAUCAUAUAAUCUUGAGUAGUGAUGAUGACCAGAGCAAAAGUGGUAGUAUAAGAAAAAAGUUAAGCUCAUCGAAGAAAUUAGUUGUCAGUUCGUCUGAAGAUGAAGAACAAGUCUCUCCAGAAAUCAUACCCAAACGACGUCCAAGAAUUAAAGAAAACAGCAGAUCGUCUGAUUCUUUUAUUGUACCAGUGCGUAAAACUAAAAAGAGAAUGAUCCUUGAUUCGGAUACCGAAAAUUCUAUUAUAAUAGAGCACGACAAAAACAAGAAAUUGGCUUGUUUGAAAGAUACUCCGUUGAAAAUUGACGAUACAAAAAAGAAACUGUUUCAAAUACAAAAUAUGAGUUUUAAGAGUAAUGAUAGCAUUCAAAUCAGCGACGACGAUGAUGAUGAUGAGAAUGAAAGUAGUGUUAAAUCUCAAGAAAAUGAUACCAACGUAGACCAAGCUGAACUUGAAACUGACAUAAAUGUAGAUGAUAAAAAAGUUUAUGACAUUGAACAGAGCAAUGAUAAAAAUGAUGAUGAUGAAUCUGAAAGCAUAAACGACGCUGAUGAAAGUUUAGAUGAUGGUAGUGAGAAUAGAGUAAGCACAAGCGACGAAGGCCCCGAUGAGGACCAAAUGGUGCUGUCGCGCGCAACACGAAUGAGUAUCAUGGGUGUGGUACCGAAGGAACACGACAGUGACGAUUCUGACUUUAUACAGUAUGAUGAUACAAAUCAGACAUCACGUGCCAGUUCGGCGGCGAGUUUGUCGGAUUCACGGAAUUUGGAGACGAGUGUAAAUAAAACUCUACAGCUAGAGCCUGAUGCGGACGAAGCUUCUAGAAUAUCAUGCUCACCCAUAAAGAGCCCCCUCCGCGAUAUAACCAAUGAAAUCGACGACUCUAUCAAAGAUGAUCGAAAAGCAUAUAGUCCUGAAAUAUGCGAUUUAACUAGAUCUGAACCUUCUGGUAUUAGGAAUAAGGUGCUUAAUAAUUUGAGCAAAGUAAGCAAUGUUGAAUAUAAAGAGAAUAAAAUCGACGAUGACAUCACAAUCAUAGACACGAAACCGGAAAUCAUAGCGUUGAGCAGCGACGAUGAGGAAGAGAUAAAAGAUGAAAAGAAAUCACCCAAGAUAAAGAAGAGUCCCAAAGGGAAAACCGAAGAGGCACCUGUCCAGCGAGUCGGCAGUGAUAUUAAACAGUACCUCCUGCCUCCGAGCUAUCCCAACCAAGUCGUGUACGUCAAGAAACAUGUGCGAGAAAAUGAACUCAGUAAACUUAACGGACUUAGGGAGGAUUUGCAGAAUAUCAGGUACCUGCUGGAGAACAUGGACGUGGCCACGCUGCCGGACGGCGGGGUCAAGCUCAUCGAGCGGCUCACGGCGCUGGAGGCCGACGUGCGGCGCCAGGGGGACAAGGUCGCCGCCAUGGUCGUCGAGCCCGAUGAGCCCACAGCAGAGGACGUAGCCAAGGAUGGUUUCGCGAACGAAGACAAGGGCCUGUCGUGGGACGACAUCCAGAAGGCCAGCAACGCGGUGCAGCCGCGGAUGUUCGGCCGACAGGCGAUGGCGACGCACAUGGCGGAGCGCAGCCUGAUCCUGGAGCGCCUGCGCGACCUGCACGCGGCGCUGGCGUCGCGGCCGCCCGAGCUCGCGCACGCGCCGCAGCCCGCCGCCGUGCGCAGCGCGCUCAUGCCGCACCAGCUGCACGCGCUGGCCUGGCUGGCGUGGCGCGAGACGCAGCGCCCGCGCGGCGGCGUGCUGGCUGACGACAUGGGUCUCGGCAAGACGAUUACAAUGAUAUCUCUGAUCGUGAGUGAUAAGGAGAAAAAUCUCGAUAACGAAGACGAAGACGACGAUCCAGAUAAGGGUCGACUGGCGCAGGGCGGCACGCUAGUGGUGUGCCCCGCGUCGCUGCUGCAGCAGUGGGCGGGCGAGGUGAGCACGCACUGCGGCGCGCACGCGCUGUCCGUGUGCGCGCACCACGGCGCCGCGCGCGCACUGCAGCUGCGCCGCCUGGCCGCCGCCGACGUCGUGCUCACCACCUACAACAUCCUGCAGCGGGAGAGCGAGAAGGGCGGCGUGCUGACGCGCGUGUUCUGGCGGCGCGUGAUCCUGGACGAGGCGCACGCCGUGCGCAACUACAAGGCGGCCACGUCGCAGGCCGUGUGCGCGCUGCGGGCGGCGCGGCGCUGGGCGCUCACGGGCACGCCGCUGCACAACAAGGACCUCGACCUCUUCGCGCUGCUCAAGUUCCUGCGCUGUACGCCCUUCGACGACCUCGCCAUGUGGAAGAAAUGGAUCGACAACAAGAGUCAGGGCGGUCAGGAGCGCCUCAACACGGUGAUGCGCUGCAUCAUGCUGCGACGCACCAAGCAGCAGCUGCAGGAGCGCGGACAGCUCAAGUGUCUGCCGCAGCGCACCGAGCACCAGCAGGACGUGACCCUCGACACCGACGAGAUGAACGUCUACCAGAAGGUGCUGGUGUUCUCGAAGACACUGUUUGCUCAGUUCCUGCACCAGCGCGCAGAGCGCCAGGCCGACGCGCAGGGCUUCCUGCCGCCGGGCAAGGACAGCCAGUAUGCGAAGGUGCACAAGCAGAUGAUCGCACUGCAAGGUGCGAAACCCGUGAAAUCUCACGAGAUCUUGGUUUUGCUGUUGCGUCUUCGACAGGUGUGCGGACAUUGCGGCCUCAUUGCCAGCAUGCUGGACCCUGACGACGCGCCCGUUGACGAGGACCUGGGCAGCAAAGAUCUUCUGGCUGAGCUCAAUAAACUCACCUUGGACGAUUCGCGUUCCAGAAGAAAGAGUGGCGAAAAGAAAAAGGAGGAGGAAGAAGAAGAGGAAGCGGAGGGCACGACGGCCGCCGAAGCCAUCCGCUCCGUACUGUCGCCCAACAACCCCGUGUUCGACCUGCAACGGAGAUCUGCCAAGAUACGGGCCGUCAUGGAAUGUCUACAGGAAAAUGUCUUCAAAAACAAAGGCGAAAAGGCGGUCGUGGUGUCGCAGUGGACGUCCGUGCUGUCGCUGGUGGAGCGCGAGCUGCGCGUGGCCAAAGUGCGCUGCGUGACGCUGAGCGGCCGCGUGCCCGUGCCCGCGCGCCCGCCGCUCAUCGCCGCGCUCAACGACGCGUGCUCCGACGUGCGGGUGAUGCUGCUGUCGCUGUGUGCGGGGGGCGUGGGUCUGAACUUGGUCGGCGCGAAUCACCUGCUCCUGCUGGACCCGCACUGGAACCCGCAGCUGGAGCAACAAGCACAGGACCGCAUCUUCCGCGUCGGCCAGACCAAGCACGUUCACAUAUACAGGUUCACGUGCUUGGACACGGUUGAGCAGUCCAUCAGACAGCUUCAGAAGGCGAAACUCGAGCUAGCGGACAACGUGCUCACCGGAGCGAAGAACAAUACCGCUUCGAAACUUACCAUUGAAGACCUCAAGUUACUUUUCAAUAUGGGCCCGCAGUCUACCUCGUGAAGUUAAGAAAUGCCGUGUAAAUAAUGUAUAAUUAUCAUUUUAUUUUCCUUCUCUAGCGGUCUCUACGCGUAUUUUGCAUUGGGAUAACUUGAACCACGAAAGAUUGGUGUUAUAUUUAGGAGGCCCAAACAACUUAGACCCUAUCCGAGUCGUAAUUUCUUAAAUUCUGUAAUAGAAUGGUUUACUUCAAAUUAUGUCAUAUUAAAAUUAUUAAUUACUUAUUGUUUAUGUUUUAAGUGUUAAAAAUAAAAGUGAUUAAGAAGGAAAAGACGAUAGAACAAAAUAUAACUUUUUUUUUAAUUUUGUGACAUUCAUUUCAAAGUU